CCGGAAGACACGAACACGGCCGGAGGCCAGGCUUGGCCUCACCCUCGGAAAACAUUCACGGAUAUUAAAAGAAAGCGGUCUAAACGUGACCAGGAUUCGCCUUUUGCGGCUUUCGACACCGAAGGGACGUACUGGUCAAGUUAACCACGUCGCCCAGCAACGAAACUCGCGCAGCCGCAGCGAGGUCGCGCUUGUUCGAGGAAGAUGGACCGCUACAGAUACUUCAUUUUCAACCAGCGCAGCGUUGUGGUGCUGGGCGUCCUGCAGAUGGCCUGUUCCGCCCUGUGUGCGGUUUGUGGCUUCAUGGACGCAGUUUUUCGCAAAAACACCCCGCUGAGUACCACGAGACUGCCGGUGUGGGGAGGACUGAUCAUGGCCUUGCCUGGUCUGCUGGCACUGUUUGCAUCCCAAAGGAAAAACCCAACAUUGGUGACUGCAAUGGUGAUAGCUGCCAUGUUCUCCUGGGCAGCUGUGGUGGUUGUAGCAGCCUACUCCUGUCUGACACUAACCUAUGGUGAGGAGGACAAAGAAGUAUUCCACCAACAUGAUAGUCCUGAAGUGACAUUUGUGCUGCAUCGGAUGGUGAAGGCGGCUAAUGCCACCAUACUGCUGUCCUGCAUUGUCAGCUUUCUUCUCUCCUCCCUCAUUGCCUAUGUGGGAUGCCGCAGCCUUCCCUGCUGUGGCUGCUACGAUGCCAGAACUGGGCUGGAGACGCUGGUUCCUCAGAGCGACCCUUACUUUGGGACUGAGUUAGUGUGUACAACACAAGGUGGUGAGCAAAGACUUUUCAACUCCCCAGCAGAGUCAAAUGACAGAGUCAUUUCGGAUGAGGAGGGAAAUCCUCACAAACUGCCUCCGUACAGCAAACUGACUUGACAGAAAUCCACACCCGCACUGCUAGAAACUGUGUCGGGCAUGUCAGCAGUGGAUGGAUGGCGAGUGGGAUACUCGUGAGUUGUGAACAACUGAAGUUACUUGAAAGGGUUGCAAACAAUGGAAAAGGAUCUCUUUAGAGAACUUGAGUGGAUUUUUCUAUCAGCGCAUUCUUUUUAUCUAACACAAAGAACAUUUUGCCCUGGCAAGAUCUCAGACUUUAAUGGCCGAACACAUUUACUAUCUACAAACCUUCAUUUUGAUAAGGUUCCUAUCUUAAAGAAACUGAUUGAACCAUCAAAAUACCUUAUGUGCAGUGCUCCAUCUUAGUGCCUUAUGGAUAUAAUGUCUUUAUGUCAUUUUCUAUUUGCAUAAUAAAAACUUGUGAUAUUCAUGUGAUCCUUCUGUAUAAUGGGGUUAUGACAGGGAUGAC